AUGGCGGGGGCAAGUCAAGGAGGACCAAAUAUGGAUCAAUUUGAACAUUUCUUUCGUAGAGCUGAUUUGGAUCAAGAUGGGAGAAUCAGUGGUGCCGAAGCCGUUGGUUUUUUGAAAGGAUCUAACUUGCCUCAACCUGUUUUAGCUCAGAUAUGGACACAUGCUGACCAGAGCCGUACUGGGUAUCUUAGCCGUCCGGAGUUUUAUAAUGCUCUUAAACUUGUAACAGUGGCACAGAGUAAACGAGAAUUAACACCAGAUAUUGUGAAGGCAGCUUUAUAUGGUCCUGCUUCUGCUAAAAUCCCUGCUCCACAGAUUAACCUUGCAGCGGUUGCUUCUCCCCAAUUAAAUUCAGUUGGUGCAGCACCUGCACAACAGAUGGGUGCUGGUGUACCAACAGCCUCUCAAAAUCUUGGCAUCAGAGGACAGCUACCUCAUGCAACAGGUAUGAACCAACAAUAUCUAACUUCUCAAGCCGGUCACUCUGUGAGGCCACCUAUUCCUACUGCAGCUACUGCAUCACGUCCGCAGCAAUUUGUUGCUGGCAUGAAUUUCCCCAGGGGUGGUAGUUUUACAGGUCCUGGUCUUCCAAACUCGAACAGUUCAAAUGACUAUCUCGGGGGCAGACAAGCAGCAAUAUCCACUGUACCUACUAUGCAGCCUCCUAAUAGAGGAAUGAGCCCUUUGGUUCCUCCAGUUACGCAAACUCUUCAGGGAUCUCUUUCACUACCUUCCAUGACAGAAGCUAAUACAAAAGCUACUGGUAGUUCUGGUAAUGGUUUUGCGUCGGACACAAUGUUUGGUGGUGAAACCUUCUCUGCAAGCCAAUCUGUACCAAAGAAGUCUUCGUCUACUCCAAACUUUUCUCUGAUGAGUUCACCCACUUCUUCAGCUAUGGUUCCAGUAACCACCGAGUCUCAAGCUUCAGCCAAGCCUGACCCUUUUGCUGCAUUUAAUACUCUUACAAGGCAAUCUCCUGGGAAUCAGCAGCCAGUAACCCCAUCUGUGUCUAAACCUAAUCAACAGGCUUCUGUUCAGAAUAUUUUGCCAGUGUCAUCAUCUGGAACUCCAGCGGGUUCUGUACCUCCUACUCCUGAGCAGCCACAAGUUCCUUGGCCAAAAAUGACAAGAGCAGGAGUUCAGAAGUAUGCAAAAGUGUUUAUGGAGGUGGAUUCAGAUAGAGAUGGAAAAAUCUCCGGUCAACAAGCGCGGGAUUUAUUCUUGAACUGGAGACUGCCAAGAGAGGUCUUGAAGCAGGUGUGGGACUUGGCUGAUCAAGAUAAUGACAGCAUGCUCUCUUUGAGGGAGUUCUGUGUAGCUCUGUAUUUGAUGGAACGAUAUAGGGAAGGCCGCUCUCUUCCAUCUACAUUACCGAAUAGCGUUAUGCUUGAUGAGACUCUGCUGGCCCUAGCAGGUCCACCGACUGCUGCUUAUGGAAGCACUGGCUGGGGUCCUGCUUCUGGCGUACGGCCUCCACAAGGGAUGCCUGGUGUACAGCCAGUUGCACAUCCUGGAUUAAGACCUCCUAUGCAGGGGGCAUUACCUCAGUCUGACCGAGCGAUGCAAUUUAAUCAGCAAAAUGCUAGAGCACCAUCAGUGAAUAAUUCUCAUAUGGACCAACUAAGUAAUGGGGAGCAGAAUAUGUCGGAGUCAAAGGGAGAAGAAACAGCAGCAGAAGAGAAUAAGGAUGAAAGCAAGGACAAGAUGCUUCUGGAUUCUAAGGAGAAACUUGAAUUCUACCGCACAAAAAUGCAGGAUCUUGUUUUGUACAAAAGUAGGUGUGAUAACCGACUUAAUGAAAUCACUGAAAGGGCAUUGGCUGAUAAACGUGAGGCCGAGCUUCUUGGCAAAAAAUAUGAAGAGAAGUACAAGCAAGUUGCAGAAAUUGCUUCUAAACUGACAAUUGAAGAAGCAUCAUUUCGUGAUACUCAAGAGAGAAAGCUGGAGUUGCAACAGGCAAUCACUAAAAUGGAACAAGGUGGCAGCACUGAUGGUAUUCUUCAGGUCCGUGCUGAUCGCAUACAACAUGAUCUUGAGGAGCUACUAAAGGCCUUGGUGGAUCGUUGCAAGAAACACGAGCUUAAUAUGAAGUCAACUGCGUUAAUUGAACUUCCCCCUGGCUGGCAACCUGGAAUUCCGGAGAUAUCAGCUGUUUGGGAUGAAGAUUGGGAUAAAUUUGAAGAUGAAGGAUUUUCUUUUGAUGUAGCUGUGCCUGCAAAUUCCAAAUCCACAUCUGUUCAGAAGGAAAGUUCUCCGACUCAUCGCGAAUCCUCUGAUUCUAUGUCAAAUGCUGAUGCCAAGUCAGAAAACCAUUCCGCUAAAGGAAACAACAGUACUGUUGAGACUGAUUUGAUGUAUAUGCAUAGCGACGAAGAGUCAAAAAGUCCACAGGGAAGUCCACGAGAAGGAACAGCAUUUGAUAGUCCAUCUGGUGAAUACUCUGAUAACCAUUUCGGCAAGAGCUUUAAAACGGACUCUGAAACUGAUAGAUUUGAUGAACCUGGCUGGGGUACGUUUGACAAUAAUGAUGAUGUGGAUUCUGUUUGGGGCUUCAGUGCUAAGGAGUCGGAUCAUGUGAAGCAUGGAGAGAAACAUUUCUUUGACUCAACUGAUUUCGGUGCAAGUCCAACAAGGACAGAGUCUCCUGGGGCUGAAAGUAGAUACCAGAAGAAUAGCCCAUUUACCUUUGAGGAUUCAGUUCCUGGCUCACCACUUUCAAGAGCGGGAACUUCUCCUAGAUAUAGUGUAGGAUCGAGAGAUCCUUUCUUUGACAGUUUCUCAAGGUAUGAUUCCUUCAGUACAAAUGAUCGUGCAUCUUCCCCACGAAAGGAGACACUCGCGAGGUUCGACUCCAUAAAUAGUGCCAGUGGUUUUGAUCAUAGUCGAGGAUACUCAUUUGAUGACGCAGACCCAUUUGGAUCCAGUGGACCAUUUAAGGUCUCAUCUGAGAGUCAAAACACCAAGAAAAGUUCUGAUCAUUGGAGUUCGUUCUAGUUUGUGUUAUAUUUGAUUGCCAUUGGGCCAUUGUUCCUCGGCGUUUUCCAUGCCAUCUAUUUGCACGUGUGUGUUGUAUAGCCUAGAAGGACGAUAAGAUACAGUUUAUAUUGGUUUUCCAAAUGUUUGAAGAAUCCCAGUGGUCUUCAUGACAGAAAAAUCCAUUUUUCCAGGGUCAAGUUAUUUUAGUCAUGUUUUUUCUGCUUAGAGAGAAAAGAGAGGGAAAAUGAGAAAGGGAAAGGGUUGGGUUUUGUAAUUCAUUUUUUGCUAUGUACUGUUCGAGAACUGCAAUAUGUUUGUAUCACAGUUUUUUUCGUUUGAUAUACUUGAUUGUAUCAAAUGGUUUGCCACUCGCAAUAAAUUUUUUCUAGUGCUGAUCGGUAGUUGAA